AUUGACUUUUCAGCUAACCAGCCAGAGUCGCAAAACUGGCAAGAUGACACCUAAGGUACAAAUUGAGAUCAAUCGCUUAUUGGCACGAAAUUCGGGAUACACAAAUACCACAGCUGCCAAGACCAACCCUAUUAUCACCGACGGCUAUCUGGAUGGAGAUAUCAUCAUUUCCAUGGACAAUCUGAAAGAAACCGUCGACCCUUCAACAGAAUACCUAAUGGAGGUUGCAUUCGAGGGCAAACUAUCCACAUCCAUCCAUCUCAACGUCUCCACGCAACUCCUCCGAAUGGCCAAAAACCUCAUUGUGAGAAGACAACACAACCUUCAUCCACCCCUUCCACUUCACCAUCCCCAAACCGCCGACCCAACCUCCUCCUCCUGCUCCGAAACCGGCCUCCCCCUCCCCCCCUCCCUCUCCUUUAAACCAAUCUCCGUUUACGACUCCAACGACCUCACUCUCCGCGGCCAAUGUCGCAUCCAAUACGCCCUCAAAGCCCGCCUCUUCGAUCAAAGCGAGUGUAUCGCCGAAGAUGAAUUCCCAGUCACUUUUGCCCCGACUCAUGAAGCUCCUCCGCCGAUUUGUAUCACGGACUUUCCUCGAGAAUAUACCCUGCAAUCUUCUUAUCUAGCUCGGGAUCUCCUCUCCCGUCGGGAUCUAUACAAUAUAGAGAUCGAAACCGAAGAACCUCCCCCGUUGUGUCUUAAUCGUUUGAAUACGGCAUUUACCAUCGUCCCUUUGAAAUGGAGGUAUAAGUGUCUGGCUCCGUCCAAACAUCACCAGGUCAAUAAUCCGCCGGAUUUAUUCGCCACGGUGCGGACAUCGCUUCACGCGACGACGUUUAUCUCUGUUACUUCGCAGCCUCGAGUCCCGGUACAGGUCGAGGCCAAUAAAUUGAAGAAUUUUCGGCUGCUGGGGAAUACAAUCAAGAUUGAUGGGACUACACAAGUCCGCAAAUUGAGGAUUGCGUCGUGGGAACCUGGAUCAGAUACUACGCAUGAUACCGUUUCGGACCUUGACUCUGAAUCCUAUACAGAAUCCAAGCCAGAAACAUGGGAAUCAACCGCCCAUCUCAUCUUCACUUUUGACGAGAAUAAUUACGUCCCGCCUACAUUUACUCAUCCGUAUGUUUCGAGGAGAUAUAGUUUGGUUAUUGGGAUUGAAGUGGAUGGAUCCCGGGAUGGGAGCUUCCAGUUGAGGGUUCCGGUUCAUGUAUCGUAUGAUCGUGGACAGGGUGGUAUGUUGUCGGUGUGUGAGGAUGUUGGGGGACGGUUGGAUGCGGGUAUGGAGGAUGGGGGUGAUGAUGGGGAUGGGGAUGUAUGCUUGGGGUCGUGUAUUCCGCCGCCGUAUAUGGCUUAGUAGAUAUGAGUUUGUGGAGUUGGG